AUCAGAGUCACUCAGCAUCGACCACAUUCGACUUUUUGUAAUCAGAUCGACUUCCUCAUCACUUCAAUCAUCUCAACUCAACUCAUCUCAUCCUUCAACAUGAGUGCUCAACCUCGACGAAGUAAUCCAUCCAAUUCAAAUCACUCACAACAACCACCACCACCCCUCAUCCCACCUCCUUCAGGUAGCUUUAAACUCAAAAUCAAACUAGCCGGUCCUCCUCCUGGUUCAGCUUCUGCUCCUGUUCCUCGACCUGUUCCACAAGUUCAUCAUGCUCAUCGUGAAGAAGAAGAGCAAGAAGAUCAACUCGCUUCUUCAGACGAUAGUCUUUCAUCAGCUCCUUCGCCACCACCCACCCCACCUGCACCUGUUACCACUACUUCGAAUCCUUCCAAGCGAUCUAGAACUAAAGAUCCAGUGAACCGGGUGGUGAAGAAGCGCAAGUCGACCUUGAAUACUAAAGCUCCGCCCGUCUCUGCUCCACCUCUUCCGCAUCCAUCUGAACAAUCCGAAACUCUACAGACCGGUACAGGUCAUGAUAGUGACUUGAGCUCUUACACAUCAGAUCUUCCGAAUCCACCUACCUCUAUCAAAGUUAAAGCACCAAGACCCAAGACGAAUGAAAUUCUCGAUGGUCUCAUGUCUCGAUCUCGUCCUGUGAAGCUACAGCCUUUGACCGAUGCAGAGCUUCUGACAGCUGCUGCUACUCAACCUGAUCCGGUACCUAUCGAGAGCAGUAGCAGUGUGAAUCCGAUUAAAAAGAAAAAGAAAAAGUCUUCAACUGGAAUUGGAAAGAACGAGACGGGAAAGAAAGUGAUCAGGAAAGCUCCUGCAUCUGGAGUGAUACCUAUGGAAGCUGCACCAGUAGCUGGAACAUCGGUAGUGCCAGAAAGUAGCCGACCUGCUCCAGCCUCUCGAACGAUUGUGGUGUUAAAGGCAAUCAAGACCGGUGCGAAAACCAAGAAACCAACAUCGAAAUUGGCACAAUCCGUCACUAGUGCCACUGACCCAUUCACCACGACUGAUGCUGAGCCUACACAAGUGACAUUCCCGAUUCCAAAACCAAGAAUGCAACAUGAUUAUAGUCUCGGACCACCACCACCACCACCUGUACCGGCUUAUAAACCAGCUGUGGUUGGAACUGUGCCGCGUACGCAAGCUCCUCAGUUCUUACCUAUCCAUCCCUUAGAGAAACGAACGCCUAGGGUGAGACAAUGGAAAAAGGAACGUAGAGAAGUGAUUGGAGUCUCGGGGAUUCCAUUCUGGAUUUGGACUUAUGUUGGAGAUGAACACUCUGAUUACGUGAGCUCAAGACAAACUAAACCUGCUGGUCUUGGUACUCCUCUGGCAGUCACUCAGUCGGGCACGGCUUACUUCCAACCUCAUCAUCCAUCUAGACCUGGUUCAGCAGCUUCAUCUCAUGCUAAAGCAUCACCAGCUGGUGGGCCAUCAGCUGGAUCUGGUAGAACGAGAUAUACAGUCCCACUCUCAGCUGAACCUCAACCUAAUUUGGGAGGUCCUACUCUUCCAGCUAGUUUUCGUAGAACGAAUCCGAUGCCAUUGGUUAAUCAAGCUGGUCCAAUGAUUUCUCGUACUAAACGUGAGACACCUACACCGAGUCUUGAUAGAACGGCUGGAAGAGGCACGUCAUCUCCUGCUCCUGUUGGUUCUGGAAACGUAGGUGCGUUAGCUGGUAAUGGGGGUGAUGCUUCGAUAUCUGAAAAUGUCAAUUCAGGUGCUGCACCCGAAUUGAUUAGAUUACCAGAGUUACCUAUACGAAAGUUUUCAAAUGGCAAAGGAUUUGCUUCGGCAAUGAUGGCGAAUGGUGGACCGGAAUUAUUGAAUAAAGAAUAG